AUGAAGUUCUUCGCUGCUGCUGCCCUCUUCGUCGCUGGCGCUACUGCUUCCCUUCAGGCUGGUGGUGCUGCUGCUGAGAGCUCUACCGCUCAGCCUCAGUCGACCACCACUGUUGAGGUCACUGAGUACACCACCUACUGCCCCCAGUCUACCACCCUGACUGUCGGUACCGAGACCAUCCCCGUUGAGACUCCCGGCUCCGUCACCCUCUCCAACGGCCCUUACACCGUUCACCGUCCUCUGAUCACCACCACCGUCACCCGCUGCAAGGCCUGCUCUAGCUCUGCUACUGUUGCUCCUUCCAGCUCCGCCGCUACCAGCAUCCCCGUCAUCCCCUCCGCUGCUCCCACCGGUGUUGCUCCCACUGGCAGUGCUUCCAGCACUACUGCUGCUCCCCCCACCUUCACUGGUGGUGCUAGCCGCGCCGCUGCCGGGGCUGGUGCCGUCGCUGGUCUUUUCGGUGUUGUUGCUGCCCUUCUCUAA